UUACACAAAUAUUCUUACUCUUCUUGUUAUCAAUUAGAUAAGGAACAUGUGCGAACAUAUUUGUAAUUCCCUGGAAACCUUUAAUCCCGAAGUUGAAUUUCAAAAGUUUUUAAAGCGCAAGCCAAUUAUUCAAACGAAGCAAUUGUAUGAUCAUUUGAAAGCGCGAGAGAAAAUCAAUUGUCCAUAUAAUUUCAAAGGUUAUGGGGUGGAGAAAGUUGACAAUACAAUGUACAGAACAUAUAAUUCGGAAUAUGGAUACUACGCUCCAAACGCCUUGACAAUACCCUCACGUUAUUAUCCUCUUUCGCAGACGUUUUCAAAUGAACUUCAUCGUUGUGGCAUGUAUCGGAAUUUUUCUCUAAAUACUCAUAUAGAUCGAACAUACUAUUAGAUUUCUUCAGUUUUAAUUUGUCAAUACAAUGAACAAUAAAAUUAAAAAUCAAAACACAGA